AAAAAAUUAAUAUUUUUUGAGCAGACUUUGAUUUUGAGACAAUUUCUGAUUUUGAAUCACCAGAAUCGAAAAUGAAUAUUGUUCAGCGUAAUAUAUCUAAUAUAAAUAUUCCUGAGGUGUAUCCAAGAUGAAUAAAGUUAUCUUUCUCUUAAUAAACAUAUGAAUAUGUGAAAAAACAUUUUGGCCAUGAAUCUCUCCAUUCUCUUCGAUUGUUGCUUUCGAUCUGUUCUUAUGCACUCCAAAUAGAAAUCCAUGUAGCCAUUUUAUUCUGAAAUAUUUGAAUUUCCAUAGCAACAAUCCUCACUGCUGUGACAUUAUUUUUUCCAUAAAAAAGCUUCCAAAAAAUGGAUGAACUUUCGCAGCAAAUUUCUGAAGCUUUAAUUGAGUUGGAACCUCAAGUAACAUCAGCUGAUCCAAACGAAAGGAAGCUUGCUAGAACACUAAGAAUUGAAAGACGUUUGGAGGCAUUGAGAAGACAAAAUGAACCUGAACAUGUUCAGGUUGAGGAAAGUAAGGAUAAAAGUUUGACUCAAAUCCAAAUCGAAAAGAGCAUUGAUGUCCUGAAAAAGCUUUUGACUGAGGGAGAAGAAAGGGUAACAAAUAUUAGAGUGGCAAGUGACUCUAGAGAAACAGAUCGUAGAGAAGCAGAGGGUGUUAAUAGAGAGAAAAUUAUCGAAGCACUAGAAGAAGAAGCUCAAUUGGCUGAAGAAGCUUUCAAGCAGAUUUCAGAAAAAUGGUUCACAAUUUUGAAAUCGAAUGAUCCGCUGAAUAUAAAUGAAAAAAUGAUGUUACAAAAAGAUAAAUGUGAAGAAUUAAUGAGGCAGAAAGACGGAAUAAUAGCUAUGCUCAAAGACGAAAUAGCAGUAGCUGAAAAGAAAUUUAGUAAUGACCAGAAGAAACAAGUCGACGAUAUUUGUUUAUUGUCCAAUAGGAUUGAGAAGCAGAUUGCUCUCACUAGGAGAGCUUAUAGGGAGCAGCUGAAACUUAUCGAAGAGAGUAUGGAAGCUGAACGAAAAGUGAUGAUGGAAGUGAAUUCGAAGAAAUGGGAAGAUCUACACAAGAAACGAGACCAAGAAGAACAAGCCAAUUCCGACAAGAAAUACCUACAGAUGGAACAUUUCGAUAAUCAGAUGACCGAACUGCGUAGAGAGUUUCAAGAGAAGUAUAGGGAAACUAAAAUAAAGCUGGAAAGGGACAUCGACGAUUUAGAACAAGAGCUCGAGAGAAUAAAAGCGUUAGCAAUAUUGAACAGCGAGAAAUUGGACUAUAAUUACCAGAUUCUGAAAAAGAGGGAAGACGAGAAUAUAAUAAUAAAAUCCCAACAGAAGAGGAGAAUUAACAAGCUGCAAGACAUUGUUAAUAAACUGAAAAGGAGGAUAUCGGAGUACGGAGAAGGGACCAAACAACAAAUCAUCAAAGUUUCUGGAGAAAUAGCUAAAUUGCAAAAAAACAUAUUGGAUAUCGAAUCCAAAGCUGACCAUUUUGCCGAAAUAAACGACGUUAAGUUCAAUCAACUGUGGGAUAUGAAUAUGGAGAGGGUUCUUGAAGUUGCCCAGAGGAUAUUGACGAUUGACAGGAUAUUACAUGAACAACUGCUUGGAUUGGAAUGGGUUGAUAAAGGGACUCUGAAGAGGAAGGAACUUAAGAAAGAGAGUUUGCCAAGUUAUAAAUACGCUGUUGAAGUUUUGGAAGAAGAAGCGAGAGCUCAAAAACCUCAGGAAACUGUCAAGGUCAUCAGAAGUCAAAGGGUCGACCUUCAGUUAGACCAGAAGAAGGAAGAGGGAAGGGAGAUUCUCCUCAAGCAGGUCAUGAAACAAAUAUCGGACAGGGCCGGUUUCAUCUUAGAAGACCGUCUGCAGAAGAUUCUCGAGCCUUUCUUGGAAACCGAGAAGACUUUGAUAAAGAUGGACAACGUUUUCUCGGCGUUGAACAUCACGAAAGACGCUGAUAUCGAUCAACUCUUGGAGUAUUUCCUCCCUUAUACCCAUUGCCCGAUUUGUUCAACCGGUCCACUUGUGGAAAAGGUCUCGUUGAAAAGCGAAGGCAGCGAGGAGGAAAUUCAGCAAAUGUCGAUAUCGACAGAUGCAGAUGCUGAAACUACUAGUGAACUUGACACCGAAGUGUCUUACAUGUCUGAAGAGAGUAAGAGGACAGUUGAGAAAGAAAAACCAGCACAUUUGUUGAUUCCCGUCUCGCAUCUCCCUGGACCUACUAUUGCUUCUGUGAUGAAUGAAGUGCUUGAUCCUAAUUUGGAUGAGUCUGAGUCUUCGGAAAGCGAGUCUGAAAAUGUGGUUGCCACAUACGAGACUUUAGACCCCUUAGAAAAUAUGCCCCCUUUGAGGCCAGGCACAGGCCAGAAGGAAGAUAUAAGCACCGUAGCAGUACCAUCGGAACAAGCAGAAAUCGAAGAAAAGUUAUCUUGUCAGUAUCAACAUCCACUGGUUAUCAGUUCGGUUUACGUGUUGAAGGCCUUGAGGAAUUUCGUCAAUAAUUACUACAAACCAAAACCUGGGCUUCCUACGAUGGAUCAACGAUUGUCCAGACAAAGAAAUACGAUUUGUAGGUUGGUUGAAGAAAAUGAUAUAAAAAUGUUUUGGGAACAAUUCAAAAAUAUAUUUACAGAGGAAAAUGAGAAUGUUUGGAACGCUUUGUCUGACGGUUUAACGAGGUACCAUGCCAUAUUGAAAGAUCGUAAGGUUUUACAUGACGAAGUGGUGGAGUUGAGACAACAAAAUCAUGAUCUGAAAAUUCUACUUUCGAAAUACUUAGACGAUCCAGAUAAUCCAAAUUUAGAGCCUCCUUGCGCUUUACAGAGAAACACUCCACCUGGUACUAGGUCUCGUAAACUAUGAUAAAUAUAUACAACUUUGUUUAUUUUCAUUUUACACGAUAAAUAUUUAAACUCA